AUGGAUUUAAUCAUUAGGUUUUUGUUACUUGGAGUACUGUCGGUGUCAGCUCAAGACAUGCAGGAUAUUUUAAACAACGUGUUUGGGACACCGCCGCCAUUACCAGACACCAACGAAAGAUGUAUACAAAAAAAUGGCGGUGAAGGAAGAUGUAUGCCGUAUAAUUUAUGUGGUACUUCGAACAAGACUAUUGAUAUUCAAGUACAUCAAGAGUGUAAGCUUUAUUUGGAUACAUGCUGUUCGAUUACCAAAGAGGAUGUUCAAAAUACCACCGAUUCAGACGAGAUCUAUGAUGAGGAAGAAGUGGGUUGCGGCAAGCAUAAUCCAAAUGGGAUAGAGAUGCCUACUAGCGGCAUGCGUACUAUGGGCGUAGAUAAUAGCGAGGCGAAGUUUGGUGAAUUUCCCUGGAUAGUCGCAGUUUUUGAGAAAAAACUAAAAAAUGGUAAAACUACAAUGGUUUACAUGGGCGCCGGUUCUAUCAUACACCCAGAAGUGGUCUUGACUGCCGCCCACAUCACGGGUGGUGUUAUGGGUGUCAGAGCUGGUGAAUGGGACUCAAAGACCACCAAUGAGCCGUUCGCCCAUCAAACCGUUGGUGUUAAGGAGAUCGUGGUGCAUGAGAAGUAUUCAAGGCAGAGGCAGAACAUGCAUUACGAUAUAGCUAUGCUCAUCCUAUCGUCGUCCCUAAUACUGACAGACCACGUUGGGGUUGUCUGUUUGCCCCCUCCGGGGACAGUAAGGACCCCCACAGGAACGAGAUGCUUGGCAACCGGCUGGGGCAAGGACAAGUUCCAGAAUGGGCAUUAUCAAAAUAUACUAAAAAAGGUUGAGCUACCAGUCGUAGACCGAAGGUAUUGUCAAUAUUUACUGCGAAGGACUCGCCUGAGCCAUCAUUUUAAGCUUCAUAAGAGUUUCAUGUGCGCCGGAGCCGAAUCGGAUAAUGAUACUUGUAAAGGGGACGGUGGAGCGCCUCUAGCUUGUCCGAUACCGGAUCAAAAUGAUCGAUACGUGCAAAAUGGUAUUGUAUCGUGGGGCAUCGGUUGUGGUGAAGACGGUUUACCAGGCGUCUAUGUUGAUGUGACCUUCUUCCGACGAUGGAUAGAUGAUCAGAUGGCAACUCGAAACUUUGACACUUCUUCGUAUACCUAUUAG